AUGGCCGACCAAAAUGAAAUUGAUUUGGACUCUAUCAUAGAUAGAUUGCUGGAAGUAAGGGGCAGCCGUCCUGGCAAACAAGUCCAACUUCUAGAAUCCGAGAUUCGACAUCUCUGCACAAAGGCGCGGGAAAUCUUCAUCUCGCAACCUAUACUCUUGGAGUUAGAAGCCCCAAUCAAGAUUUGUGGCGACAUUCACGGCCAAUAUUAUGAUCUUUUACGACUGUUCGAAUAUGGCGGUUUCCCCCCAGAAGCCAACUACCUGUUUUUAGGCGAUUACGUCGAUAGAGGUAAACAAUCGCUGGAAACCAUCUGCCUUCUUCUUGCAUAUAAAAUCAAAUAUCCCGAAAAUUUUUUUGUGCUCCGCGGUAACCACGAAUGUGCCUCGAUCAACCGUAUUUAUGGCUUCUACGAUGAAUGCAAACGAAGAUACAACAUCAAGUUGUGGAAGACCUUUACUGAUUGUUUUAACUGCUUGCCCAUUGCUGCCAUUAUUGACGAGAAGAUUUUCAGUAUGCAUGGUGGCCUCAGCCCUGAUUUGAACUCUAUGGAGCAGAUUCGACGUGUCAUGCGCCCCACUGAUAUUCCUGAUUGCGGCCUUCUCUGCGACCUCCUCUGGUCCGAUCCUGACAAGGAUAUAACGGGCUGGAGCGAAAACGACCGAGGCGUAUCUUUCACCUUUGGACCAGACGUGGUCGCAAGAUUCCUACAGAAGCACGACAUGGACCUUAUAUGUCGCGCCCAUCAGGUCGUCGAGGACGGAUACGAGUUUUUUUCUAAGCGUCAAUUAGUCACUCUCUUUAGUGCUCCAAACUAUUGUGGAGAGUUCGAUAAUGCCGGCGCGAUGAUGAGUGUUGACGAAAGCCUUCUCUGUUCAUUUCAGAUACUAAAACCAGCCGAAAAGAAACAAAAGUACGUCUACGGGGGCAUGAGCACAGGCAGACCCAUCACUCCUCCCAGGAAACAGAAAAAGAAGUAG